AUGAAGUACUUUGCAGCACUAUCCGUCGCGGCCAGCCUCGCUGCUGCUCAGGGCGACAUGAAGGUCAUGAACCUUGCACCCGCUGCCGCUGAAGGCCCAGCCACACACCACCGUAAGUGCCAUGUCGUCGUUGGUGGCCUCACGCCCGUAGCGACGGGAAUGGCACCAGCUCUUCUCUACACCCCCGAGUCCAUUACCGCCAAGGUCGGCGACGUCGUCAUGUUCCAAUUCAUGCAGAAGAACCACACCGUCACCCAAUCCACCUUCGCCGACCCGUGCCGAAAGAUGGACGGAGGCAUGGACUCCGGCUUCAUGGCCAACCCCGAGGGCAAGCCCGGUGUCACCUGGAACAUGACCGUUGAGACCGAGGAGGCUCUCUGGUUCUACUGCAAACAACAAAACGGCAUCCACUGCGGCAAGGGCAUGGUCUUCAGCAUCAACGCCGCCACCACCGGCGACAAGACAAUGGCCGACUUCAAGGCCCUCGCCGUCUCCACAAACGGCACCUCCCUCACCCCCGGCGGUCUGCAGAACGUCGACCCCGGCGCGGCCGCCGCCCCCACCACCGUCACCGUCGAGGCUGGCGGCAUGGCUACGCACUCUGCUGCUCCUGGUGCUCCUCCCGCUGCCGGCGCACCCCCCGCGGUCGUUGGCGGACAGGGCCAGGACGGUCAGGGCUCCGCUUGCUCUUGCAGCUGCCUGUGCGGUGUGAACAGCUUCCCGGCUAGCGCGGCGAUCAACAGCUUUGGCGGAUUCCCCGGAUUGAUGUAA